AACAUUUUGUAAUUUAUUUGCAAUGCAACUUUAAUAACAAUGAAGAAGUUGCAUGCUAAAGCAACUCAAUCUGAACUCUAUUCAGACUUGUCCUUUAUUUUCUUAAAAAAAAAAGCAAAUAUCAAGGUUACAGCGAGGCACUUAAAAUGGAAGCGAAUGGGGCCAAUGUUUGGAACAAGAUGCUGAUACCAGCGUUUUUAUAUUUCUGUCUGCUCUCUCUGACCGGAGAAGGUACUGAAGUGGGUCUUGGUGGUAAAGUGCUUCUCUUUCCAAGAAAAUCCAAUUCCAGCUUUGUUAAACUCUUUCCUAUAAAACCACUGGGUCUCUCUGCGUUUACACUAUGCAUGCGUGUUGCGAUGAAGCUACAGGAUGGGAGGGAUGUCAUUCUCUUUGCCUAUCGCACACGCGACCAUGACGAGCUCAAUGUUUGGAAAGAGAUAGAUGGCCGCGUAUCCUUCUAUAUUCAAUCUAGCUCAGAUGGAGUGUUGUUCCAACUGCCACCACUCACCAACUUCUGGACCCACCUGUGCUUCACCUGGGACUCAGUGACUGGUCUUGCAGCCUUAUGGGUGGAUGGACGUCACAAUGGAUCCCAGGAGUAUAAAAAAGGACAGCAAGUCCAUCCUGGUGGCACCGUUCUGCUCGGCCAGGACCCUGAUAAGUUACUGGACAGUUUUGAUGCUCAGCAGAGCUUUAUAGGAGAAAUGACAGAUGUGAACAUGUGGGAUUAUGUUCUCUCAGGAGACCAGAUUAUGCCAUUACAUUUUAAUAUGGAACGUGCGCCGAAGGGAAAUGUGUUUGAUUGGAGCUCCAUAAAUUAUGAGAAAAAUGGACAUGUGAUAGUCAGACCGUAUGAUAAUGAUACAUUAUCACGUUCAGGUGUAAUGUCACAGUAUUGUCUGUCCGUAUGAUAUUAAGAAAUAAACCAAUUUUUGUUUUGCAAAAUAAAAAAGGA